AUGGGGAUCUUCAGAUCCGAGCGGAUGAGGUUAGGCACCCUGGUGCUGCCUCAAGAGGGGGCGAGGGAUUUCAUCACCGCCAUUGGAACCGCCGUAAAAGUGCAAAUUCAAGACAUGAACGGCCACAGCCUGUGCCGGGGGUACCGGCGGCAGCUGCAGCGGCUGGAAGAGUUGGAGAGAAUGCUGCGAUAUUUAAAAGAGAAAAUAGAAGAAAUAUCUGGAAAAAUAGAAGAAAUAUCUGGAGUUAAAUUAGUUGAACUUUCUCACGACUUGGACAGAGCAGCAGACGCAGCAGCAGCAGCAGCAGCAGCAGCAGUCCACAGCAGCGCCGCUGCGGCCGACCCCCGCGACGUCGAGGCCGGCGGCGGACCCGCAGCAGCAGCAGCAGCAGCAGCAGCAGCAGCAGCAGCAGCAGCCAAGCCCCAGGUGUAUGUACUCGACAAAGUAGAAGACAUGCUCAAUAAGGUGUAUGGACAGUUCCUCAGAUUUGCUCAAAACAAUGAAGACCUCAAGAGGGAGAAAAUCGCCGCUGAAGAGGAGCUGGCGGUGGUUUCAUAUGCUGCCUCACAGCUGAGGUCUUCGCUUCGUUCCCCGUGGCGACUUGAUCCCGGGUCAGCAGCAGCAGCAGCUGCAGCAGCAGCAGCAGCUGCUGCUGGGGAUGUUGAAAUAGCAGCUACUAGCGCCUGCAGCAGCAGCAACACGCUGCAGCAGCAGCAGCAGCAGCAGCAAACCAACACUCCCAGAGCAGUCGCAGCAGACUCCCACGCGCGCUCGUCCUCAGCGCGCCGCCGGCGGCCGACGCAGCUCAGCAGCAGCAGCAGCAGCAGCAGCAGCUUGCAGACGGAGCUGCAGCAGCAGGAGCAGCAGCAAAACUUUCCCUACUCUGCUUCCAGGCGCCUUUUGGGCACUGGGGGUUUUCCUUUAGAAAACGCAGACAUCAGCAACUUGGUCUUUUCUUCUGUCGCGGGAAUCAUCCUUGCAAAAGACCAGGAGCGGUUUGCACGAGCUCUGUUUCGCUCGACCCGUGGGAAUGCAUUUACACAUUUCAAAAGAUUAGAUGAGGAAGAGCUUGCGGCCCACCCGAAUUCGUCGGAGCCCAAGUCUUUAUUCGUAACGUAUUUCCAGGGUGCAGCAACUGGGUCUGCCUUUAUGGAGAAGGUGAAGUGCGUGUGCUCGGCAAUGGGGGCGCGCACGUACGCGUGGCCCCACAGCGGCGAAGAGGCGCAGCAGCGGCAGCUGCUGCUGCAGCAGCUGCUGCGGGACAAAGCAGCAGCAGCAGCAGCAUAUGAGCAGUACUUUUUGAAUGAGGUUGGAGUGUUUUUGGAGUCUGUGCCAGCAGUGAACCUGCCGCUGGUUCCUGCUGCAGCAGCAGCAGCAGCAGCAGCAGCAGCGGCGCCCGGCGACCGCAGCGCAGCAGCAGCAGCAGCAGCAGCAGCAGCAGCAGGCCUCCGCCGCCGCCCCCUCAUCACUGAGCUGCAGCGCUUUGUCUUCAGAGAAAGAGCUGUUUAUACAACUCUAAAUCUUUUUGCUUUUUCAGAUGCAACUCUCCAAGCAGACUGUUGGUUUCCAGAAAGCCACGAGGCCGCCUUUCGCCAAACCCUCGCGCAAGUCGCGGCCGAAAAGGUGCUGCGUGCGGUGAUGCUGCUGUGCCUCCCUGUGAUGUUUUUGGGGAAGCCGCUGUUUGAGGUGUACGUACGCCGGAAGAAAAGACCCCCUCCAGGGUUUCAGUCUUUGAAUAGUUUGGAGUCGAGUUCGAUUCAGCUGCAGCCGCUGCAGCAGCAGCAGCAGCAGCUGCAGCAGCUGCAGCAGCAGCAGCAGCACGGGGAGCUGUGCGGCGCUGCAGCAGCGCAGCGGGAGCUGGAGCUGCCGGGGUCGUUCUCGGGAACGCGGGCUCGUGGGCACGCGCCGUUUGCUGCAGCAGCAGCAGCAGCACCCCCCGCAGCAGCAGCAGCAGCAGCAGCAGCAGCAGCAGCAGAGGACGAACUCGCGCAGCUGUGGCUGCACACUUUGGUCGAAGGCAUUGAGUUUGUGCUGGGCACUGUCAGCAACACAGCUUCUUACUUAAGGCUGUGGGCCCUUUCGCUGGCCCACCAGCAGCUAGCCCUUGUCUUCUUUGAGAAGACUGUGGGCGCGGCAUUUCUCCCGGGCCAAACGGUCCCGCAGAUGGCCUUCAAGGUCCGCAGCUAG